GGUUAGUACGUUUGGGAGCGGAAAGGGGUGCACGGGCAGUGGAAGUGGGCAAUGGGGAGGUGAUGUUUAUACUGAGGAAUGGAUAGAUCUAAAACUCUAGAAGAUUCUCUCAGGGAAGCGUGCUGUAUCGGAGAUAUUGAAGGAGUAGAAGAGCUGUUAAACAAAGGGGUUGAUGUUAAUGCGAAACACGGUAUCAACGGAUGGACUCCUUUGCAUUGGGCUGCAAAACGGGGGCAUAAGGCUAUUGUGAGCCUGCUGCUUGCAAAUGGCGCACAUACAGCAGCUCUUACAACAAAAGGAGAGACACCUGCAGCACUCUGCAGUAAUCCUGAAGUUCAUAAACUCCUUGCAAUGGAACCUGGAGGGACAACAAUCUCAACUGAAUCCAAUCCCGAUCUCUCUAUUACUCCAUAUUAUUUGAAACAUCAGCCACUGAAUGGAAGGGUGGAUCUGGGCACAUCAGCAUCAGUAAGAAAAAAUACUGAAGGCACACACACCAACUCUGUACCAGUUACAAAUCCUGUUAAAGUAGGGCAUCAUGUUGGAGAUUCUACCCAGAAUGAUGAGCUGGUGUUGAAGGUUCGUAUUGCCAAUUCUGGUGACCCUGACUUCAUUGAAGUGGAACUUCCUAGGACUGAACUCUCAUAUUCCAGAUUGUUAAGAGUAUGCUGUGAAGAGUUGGGUAUUAGUGCUAACCAGAUUGUACGUGUCCGCAAGCUUCCAGACACACUUGUGCGCAAGGACAAAGAUGUACAACGAUUUCGGGAUUUCCAGGAAAUUGAGGUUGUAAUUGCAACAUCAGUUGGGAAGAAUAAGCUGUUACCUGGCAACAAUGGCCUCAUUGGUGUUGGAGGACUAGGAGGGGCAAAUGCAAAUUGUUACCAAUCUAUAUCUCUUUACAAAAAUCAAACAAUUCUGUAUUAGGUUUAGUUAGUUUCAUUCUCCAAAAUAGGUAUGCUGAGAGUUUCUUUCAAAGGAAAAAAGUACUGGAAUUUUGGAAGUGUCAUGAAUUCACAUGAUUGUCUUACUGUAUUUCUAUGUGCUGUCUGCAAAAGAACUUCAUGCGAAAGUCAUAUCGCCAUGCACCAUAAUCUCAGAGUACACUGAAAAGAUAUGACUUAAUUUGUGACAUUUUAAAACUAGGGAUUCUCAGUUACUGCUCAGUAUGAACAAACAGAAAUUCAGGAUCAUUUUGAAGUGGGAAUUAUCAGAAUGCGAAACUUACAUUUGGUUUACUUGCUUUUGCUCAUGAGCAUGUAUGCAUUCUCACUACAAUUAAACUGCCCUUAAAAGGAUUGUGUAUAGGUAUUUUUCUUGUUAUUAAAACUGUGUCUUAAAGUACAUUAAAUUAUUUAUUUCAA